AUGGCAUCUGGCAUCGUUGUUGCGACUUGUCCACAGGGAGGGACAGGUAAUGUCAACGCUGGCCGCUUAACUGGGCCUAUAUUUAAGACAUUUCCCAACAUUCGCAUGGCGGUGCUUGUGGGCAUUGGAGGCGGUAUCCCCCGCGAAGAGAUCCCCGACGAAGCUCUGGAUGAUAUUCACCUUGGAGACGUGGUCAUGGGAUGGCCUGGUGACGACGGACCCGCGUGUGUGUACCACGAAAGGGGUAGAGCCAAGGUUGAUGGGAGAUUUGACAUGGCGAGGACAAUGCGAAACCCAGAUUGGAGACUUACCCAGGCACUCAGUGUCCUUGCUAGCGAUCAUGAAAUAGGAAAGACUACUUUCGAGGUCUAACUUCGCAGGCUGCAGCGCACGAAGCGAGCGAAGAGAUUUGCCCAUC